UUCUGCAGCAGCAUGCAUGCAUGUCCAUAGACGUCAUUUGAUUUUAAUGGCCUGCAGGAAAUUUGGCGUUACAACUCCAGACAUUAAGGCAAGAGGGAGAGAGGGAGAGAAAGAGAGAGCAGGGACACGGGGAAAAUCGCCGCAUGAAAGAUAUUGGUACAAGGAUAUCUCUUCAUUUUCAGCAUAUUUUUCUGCUAAGACUUUAUCAACAAGUUAUUGCGCCUUUAUUAUAUGUUUCCCGAGUGAAGGACUAUGGCAGCCCGCCUGGCUUUAAACUUUAAAUUUAGGCUGGAGAUGGAGAUGGAAAUGUAUUCCUACUAGCUGGACUGCCCGGGGAACUAUUACAUCAGACGAAAUGACAAUGAUUAAAAUCUGCUUUUUGCUGCUCUAAAUCUAUUGAGCGACUGACAGUUGCCUGUUAGGUUUCUUACCCCCUCUAAAUCACAACUUCACACCGUUAAGGGCAACGGUCUACUUUUGCCGGAAAAUAUAAGAUAAGUUAUUAUAUCUGUGCAGUCAUAAUUUCGAGAAUAGAGGAUAUCACGUUUUCUUCCUUGAGAAAAUUGCCUGGGCGAGAGAGUGGAGUUGAGCUAAUUGUAGCCUAAUCCCUGGCCCAGAGGCGCUCGGGCAGCCCGGAGCAAGAAUUUUCUUUUUUAGCUCGGCUCUGUUAUUUAGAGAAGGAUUAUUGGCUUUCUUCUUCUCAUAACAAACCACAGGGGCAGUUUCAUUUAGGCAAAAAGGCAGACAAGAAGCCCGAAACGCGAAGGAGGAUUCCGGCAAGAGCGCACAUUUUACGCGUAUCCAAAUAAGAGCUGAGAAGGGGAAGGAGAUCAUCUCAUCUAUGUUCAAGGAGGGAAGAAGCAUGUCACGGCUGUCUCUGACCCGGUCCCCGGUCUCUCCUCUGGCCGCUCAGGGGAUCCCUCUGCCGGCUCAGCUGACCAAAGCAAACGCCCCGGUGCACAUCGAUGUCGGGGGACACAUGUACACCAGCAGCCUGGCGACCCUCACCAAGUACCCAGAUUCAAGAAUCAGUCGUCUGUUCAAUGGCACCGAGCCCAUCGUGUUGGACAGCUUGAAGCAGCACUACUUCAUAGAUCGGGACGGCGAGAUAUUCCGCUACAUUCUCAGUUUCCUCAGGACCAGCAAAUUGCUCCUUCCAGAUGACUUCAAGGACUUCCACCUGCUGUACGAGGAGGCACGCUAUUACCAGCUGACACCAAUGAUCAAGGAGCUCGAGCGCUGGAAGCAGGAGCGCGAGCAGCGGCGGAUGGCGCAGCCCUGUGACUGCCUUGUGGUCCGAGUCACACCCGACCUGGGCGAAAGGAUCGCCCUGAGCGGGGAGAAGGUCCUGAUAGAAGAGAUCUUCCCCGAGACGGGAGACGUUAUGUGUAACUCAGUCAACGCUGGCUGGAACCAGGACCCAACACACGUCAUCCGCUUCCCCCUCAAUGGCUACUGCAGGCUCAACUCAGUCCAGGUUCUUGAGCGUCUCUUCCAGAAAGGCUUCAGCGUGGCGGCGUCAUGCGGAGGCGGCGUGGACUCGUCCCAGUUCAGCGAGUACGUGUUGUGUCGCGAGGACCGACGGAGCCUCUCCAUCAACACGCCCAUCAGGAUAAAACAGGAGCCCCUGGACUAGAGCACUCAAGGAAGAGGGACAGCCAACACCCCUGCCUCCUUCCAUCUCCUCACACCACCCCACACAGUCCACUCGUCCCCCUCUCACCCCCCGUCCCCCUCCGUGCCCUAACAGGACGACAGCCACCCCACAACAUACCUAAGUAUUAGCAGAGGCUUGUUAACCUCGCUCUGCAGAACUCUAAGGGGAAUGUAGUACCAAACAAAGGAAAAAAGCAUCAGCAACAAAAGUUUUUGAUUAUGUUAAAAAAAAAAAAAAAAAACGCCCAAAGAAUCUGGGACCGUGAUGAAAACAACAACGAUGACAAAUGAACGCUACGGCAGCUCACUAAUUUAGCACAGCGACUGGUUGAUUUUUUUCCUUUACUCUCUUAUGAAAAAAAAAAAAUAAAAAAUACGUGGCCCGAACCUUUUGGAGGGACACCACCGCCCUCUCUUUCAACCCCAAUCGACUCCACCGUUCAGCUUCAACAUACGCCCCCCUCCCCAUCCCUUUACCACCCUCUCAGCGGUGUAUCAUCCAGUUCUGUUUCUGUGUGAGGCCCGUAACUUAUCUGACUGACCAAGAGAAGCCUGCUGUGGGACAAUGACACUUUGGUAAACAAGAAUUUUUUUAAGGAUGACAAGAAGAGGACACAGUCUGAUUUUGUGAGUCCCCCCCAAAAAGGCCCUAAUCCUCAAGAGCCCAUGACCCACAGGCCUGACCGCAGAUGUCGAGCGUCUCUGAACACACUAUCGUUUGCCAAACUGAUUGUUUAUUACAGUUUUUCAUUGUUGUUUCUAAAGUAUGUUCUUCUUGCUCCUUUUUGCUGUUCUUAUCAUGACAUGGUGUAAACAAUUAUUAUUAAUAGGAUUAUUUUUAAUGUCUCUUUUUUUUUCCUUUCUCCAAUAUGAAGGAUGUAUGAACUUGUAUUCAUUAGGCUUUGAGAGCUUGUGAGGGAGCAUUUCUUGGCAGUAGCUGCAGAAACUAAGAUGUCUGCGGGCUAUGUGGCUAAAGCGAUCUGACUGGCAAUGCAUUCAGAGCCGGAAAAAGUCCCAUUGUUCAAACAGGAAUGGAAGAAAACCUGGAUGUUUCAACAUUGUUUAUAGUCAAAUGUGUAGCACACAUAAAACAGUGCUCUAGAAUUUCUGCUUAUUAGCUCUAAAACAUAUCCCGGGUCUCUGGUCGGAUUCUCUCGCACGAGCACAAAACAUUUGUUCGUAUUUAGCACAAGUUUAAGAGCGUCUGUAAAUUUGAAACGCCGGAAUCGAAAAUUGCACAUGCUCUAAGUAUAAUGCAGUUGUUUUUUUUUUUUGUUUUUUUUGAGUUAGAAUGUUAGGGACGUGAGGACCAAUGGGGAAAGCUGACGUUUACCAGUAUGUCUCAUGAUCAGCAAGAGAUGUACUUUAAAUGCUUAAUGUUUUUUUGCACUUAAACAUUUCCUCCUGAGCUGCCCUGCCCUGUUCCCAAAAAACACUUGUUUGAACCCAGUGAGCAGUGCCAAGUCAUGCUGUUCAUCUUCUCAUGUUUUAGCAGACUGUGACAUUACAACACAUGAACAAAAAAAAAAAGAAGAAAAGAAAAGAAAAUAGAACAAACACUCUAGGUACCAAAGUAGACAAGGUGCCUAUUUUGUUGAUUGUACAAAUAUAAAGAUGUUCUUUUUGCAGUUUAUAGAAAAAGAAGACGCAAUGCAUUAUUCAAAACUGUAUGAAGGGUACCAACAUUUGAUCCUGCAGGCCUCCAGUCUUGACAGUUUGGUUGAGGAUAGCUCCGGGUACCUUCAGACCGAGUUUGAAAGACAAAGUCUCUGUUUCAAUAUUGUCACUUCUAAGCCAAGAUUAUUUCAGUGGUUCUUCACAUGGAUGUAUGGCAGAACCCAAAGUGAACUGUACUCCCAACGUCGGCAUGUUAUUCACAAAGAGGCGAGUGGGCGGCAUUUACUCUAUCCUGCUCUCAUUCUUUUGGUCUUAUUCUCAACAUUUCUCCAUCAAAGCCAGAAACAAGAAAGGCCAAGUUUUCAUGCUUUGUAUUUGUGUGUUACUUACAGAUGCUGUUUCUAACAUUCCAAAAGACGGAGAGAAAAGAAAAGUGCAUUCUGAUCUUUGUGGGUGCUGCCAGUUGUUUGAGUUAAACCGAUUGUUUUUAGUUGUCCAUUAAAAAUGGGUGGUAGCUGUUCUGACCGUGUGUCUGGAUGCCGCUGAUUAAACAAGGCCAAUGAGAUGGAUAAAGAUGGGCUUGGUGUAAGUGUAGCCCCGCGUCUAGUGCAGUCUUCCCCGAGGGUCUUUAUCACAAUCAAGUCCAUCUUUGUUCUGACCUGCCAGUGGCCUGCGCCUUUGCAUCCACUCGCCUCAAAGGGAAUGGUCAACCAGGCCUUUCAUGUGCCGAGGCAUGUUGGACUCUUCACAGCGGUUCUCACCCCCCUCCGCCUCCCUGAAGGCCUCGCAGCUCAGCGGUGCCAGUAGAAACCGGGGUUGCACCCCCUGCUGCUGUGUCAUCCCCUGUGCCUCAUUUUCAAAAUGCCCUCCUACGCCGUAACUCAGCGGACCACACCACAACAAACCAAACAAACUGAUGAGUCAAAAUACAAGAAUAUUCAGAACAUGGUGUACUGUGCAGCCAAGAUGACUGGAUUCCUCUCCUGAUCCCAACGCCUUUGUAACUUAAUACCACCUGGCAUUAAGUGUCAUUAGGUUAUUUCUUGAGAAAGAGGUGUGCGAAUGAUUGGAACCACACCUACAAAACCCACAAAAAUAACUUUCGUUUUCAGGGAGGAAGGAGAGAAGGCCUAUUUUUAAAACCAUCAUAUAAUGGGCUUUCAACCACAUUACUUCCAAUAUGGAAAUAAAGCAAGGAAAAGGAACAAAAGAUGCCGGCAUGGGUGGGUCUCUCUCAUCGCAAUAACCAAACCAGGGAAGCCCCCUUUUUGACUCAGCACAUGCGUAGAUGGCAGGUCAACCACAGAGCUCGACCGACUUGACGGGACUGGAAACUUCACUGACACGCUCGCACAUGUCACCCUUUCCAGUCGAAAGUACUGGUCAGUGUGUCGAGGCAGUCCACGUGGCAAUCACUCCACUUCUGAGGCGGGUCAGUUGUACAGUUAUUGUAAAUUGAAUUAUCAAGGACUCUGGGUUUUAUGGGACCCUCAAGUUUUUAAGAGACUUCUAAGUCCUCUUCACAAAAAGAAUGAAAAGAAUUCAAAGCAUUACAUUGUGUACAUAUGGAUUAAAACAUUUCAAAGGGUAUAAUAAGGUGCAAAUGUAUAUUAUUUAAAGUGUUUAAAACAAUUAGACUGUGGUAUUAAAGGGCAUGUGUUCAUUUACAGUGUCUCCAUUUGACUUUUCUUGCAUAUUUGCGAUAAUAAAAGGAUGUACUGUA